AUGCCUCCUAAGUUUGACCCCAACCAGGAGCUCACGGUUGUUGUGAGGGCCGUCGGUGGUGAGGUGCCUGCGACGGCGUCGCUGGCUCCCAAGGUCGGCCCACUCGGCCUGAACGCCAAGAAGAUCGGCGAAGACAUUGCCAAGUCCACUAAGGACUGGAAGGGCCUUAAGGUCACAUGUGAGCUGCGUGUGAAGAAUCGUGUGGCCACUGUGCGUGUUACGCCGUCCGUUGCUUCUCGUUUGAUCCGCGCCUUGAAGGAGCCGCCGCGUGAUCGCAAGAAGGUGAAGAACAUCAAGCACAACGGCAACAUCCCCUUCUCGGAGAUCCUGAAGAUUGCAAAGGAGGCGGCACCCAAUUCCAUGGGCGCCACCAUGAAGGCUGUCGUGAUGGAGGUGCUCGGCACGGCGGUGUCGGUCGGCUGCACCAUCGACGGUGAGAGUCCGCAGGCGAUUCAGGGCAAGGUCCGUGAUGGCAAGCUGAAGGUUCCAAACUAG